GGGCAGCCACCACCACCCAGAGCUCACCAGCCAUGAAUGCCCACCCCAAGGAGAUGGUGCCCCUCAUGGGCAGAAGAGCUGCCGUCCCCAGUGGGAACCCUGCCAUCCUGCAGGAGAAGAGGUCAGCAGAGAUCACCCCCACCAAGAAGAGUAUCACAGCACUUAAAUCCCAGCGAGACUCCGAGCUUCUCCAGGAGAAGGAUCAGAACUACAUCCUGUGCACCGCCGUGUCCCCAGCGCCUGGCACCAGAGAGCGGAGCCGGCCGGCAGCUAGUACUCCGCUGUGGUUCGGGCAGACGGCACUGAACAUCGCCAUCGAGCGGCGGCAGGGAGACGUCACCGCCCUGCUCAUCGCUGCCGGUGCGGACGUCAACGCCCAUGCCAGGGGCUUCUUCUUCAACCCCAAGUACCUGCACGAAGGCUUCUACUUCGGCGAGACACCACUGGCCCUGGCGGCAUGUACCAACCAGCCUGAGAUUGUGCAGCUGCUGAUGGAGAAUGAGCAGACAGAUAUCACCUCGCAGGACUCACGGGGAAACAACAUCCUACACGCGCUGGUGACGGUGGCUGAGGACUUCAAGACACAGAAUGACUUUGUGAAGCGCAUGUACGACAUGAUCCUGCUGAGGAGCGGAACCUGGGAGCUGGAGACCAUGCACAACAACGACGGUCUCACGCCGCUGCAGCUGGCCGCCAAGAUGGGCAAGGCCGAGAUCUUGAAGUAUAUCCUCAGUCGUGAGAUCAAGGAGAAGCCCCUCCGGAGCCUGUCCAGGAAGUUCACCGAUUGGGCAUACGGUCCUGUGUCGUCAUCACUCUACGACCUCACCGACGUGGACACUAUGACAGACAACUCGGUGCUGGAAAUCAUUGUCUACAACACCAACAUUGAUAACCGGCAUGAGAUGCUGACCCUGGAGCCCCUGCACACACUGCUGCAUAUGAAGUGGAAGAAGUUUGCCAAGUACAUGUUCUUCUUGUCCUUCUGCUUUUAUUUCUUCUACAACAUCAUCCUGACUCUGGUCUCCUACUACCGCCCCCGGGAAGAGGAGGCCCUCCCACACCCGUUGGCCUUGACGCACAAGAUGGGGUGGCUGCAACUGUUAGGAAGGAUGUUCGUGCUCAUCUGGGCCCUGUGCAUCUCUGUGAAGGAGGGCAUCGCGAUCUUCCUGCUGAGACCCUCGGAUCUGCAGUCCAUUCUCUCUGAUGCCUGGUUUCACUUUGUCUUUUUUGUCCAAGCUGUGCUUGUGAUACUGUCUGUCUUCUUGUACUUGUUUGCCUACAAAGAGUACCUCGCCUGCCUUGUGCUGGCCAUGGCCCUGGGCUGGGCAAACAUGCUCUACUACACGCGGGGAUUCCAGUCCAUGGGCAUGUACAGCGUCAUGAUCCAGAAGGUCAUUUUGCAUGAUGUCCUGAAGUUCUUGUUUGUAUAUAUCGUGUUCCUACUUGGAUUUGGAGUAGCCCUGGCCUCGUUGAUCGAGAAGUGUCCCAGUGACAACAAGGACUGCAGCUCCUAUGGCAGCUUCAGUGAGGCGGUGCUGGAGCUCUUUAAGCUCACCAUCGGCCUGGGCGACCUGAACAUACAGCAGAACUCCAAGUACCCCAUCCUCUUUCUGUUCCUGCUCAUCACCUACGUCAUCCUCACCUUCGUCCUCCUGCUCAACAUGCUCAUUGCCCUGAUGGGAGAAACCGUGGAGAAUGUCUCCAAGGAGAGUGAGCACAUCUGGCGUCUACAGAGAGCCAGGACGAUUUUGGAGUUUGAGAAGAUGUUACCAGAAUGGCUGAGGAGCAGAUUCCGGAUGGGAGAGCUGUGUAAAGUAGCAGAGGAAGACUUCCGGCUGUGUUUGCGGUAACAAAGGGAGAGGGGCCCCUUGGUGGUGGUUUUGGGGGGCGAAAGAGAGAUGAGUCAGUGACUGUCAGAGAAACGGUGCUGCCGCUU